AUGAAAACAACUACCAUCUCUGCGAUCCUUUCCCUUGUGGGCUGUUGUUUCUUUGUAGGUUCACGGACUUCAGCACAUAAGCUUAAUUGUAAAAAGUAUAAACCAGAGCAGCAGCAGCAACAACAACAACAACAAGCUCCAAUAAGCUGCACUCUGCAAAGUGACCCAGUCUGUGGAACUGAUGGCAAGACUUAUGGCAACGAAUGUUCACUGUGUGCUGAAAUCCUAGGUGGAACCAAAAUAGACUUAGCCCACAAAGGAGAAUGUGUUGACUGCAGUGAGUUUCCAGAACCGCCAAAGGGCAAAAAGACACCCUGUCCCCAAAUACAUGCACCUGUGUGUGGCACUGAUGGCAACACUUAUUCCAACACAUGCCUCUUGUGUGCAGAAAUUUGGUCAUCUGGAAAACUGAUUGGCAUAAAAAGGGAAGGACCCUGCAUAUCAAAGGUUCAGGGACUUCAGCAAACGAGCUUGAUUGCGAAAAGUAUAAUCCACAGCAGCAGCAGCAAGAAGAAGAAGCUCCAAUAUGCUGUCCUCGGCAACGUGACCCAGUCUGUGGAAUUGAUGGCAAAACUUAUGGCAAUGAAUGUUUGCUGUGUGCUGAAAUCCUGUGAGUACUUGCACGGCUCCUUUGCACGACUUGAAUUACAAAUCCAGGAUACUGUGAUGGGAGCGCGUUCCAACCGCGGAGGCGGCGGCAAAAUGGCGGCCGCGGCAGUAGUUGCAGCUGCGGCGCUCACGGCGGUGGUCUCGGCAGCAGCCCAGACAACAACUCAGCUAGCAGUCCAGCAGCCCAGGUGGCGGGCCGACGGAUCCAGCGGUCGGUCAGGCACUCACCCGGUAAGGGAUGCGGGUUAUUGA